AUGACAGUAACUGAGAGCCAAAAAAAUAUGGAGAGAGCUUUAUUAUUAUUGCAUCCGGCUAUUACUACUAUGCCGGAGAAGGUUCCAGAAGUGAAAGAACAAUACGAAACUGAAAAUCUUAAAUUCACGGAACAAUAUCUAAUAAAUAAAGUAAAUGAUGGGUCUGUGAAAGUAGCACAAGGUACAUAUGAUUUGAUUUAUUAUUUGACGCCUGAAAAACGUGAGGAUAUCUUGUUUCCUAGUAAGUUAGUAACUAUUCUAGGCGAUGCGUUGAAAGAUAACGGUAACUUAUAUGGCUUAAGUGAUAAGUACAAGAUAGACGCACUAAUAAAUGGAUUUGAGAUUGUAAAUGAAAAUAAUGCAUAUUUUUGGAUUAAGAAGGAAAAGAAAACGGAGGAUGUAGCCCCCGUGAGUCUGAGAAAAGCCAGAAGUGGUAAUACCAGCGAACUUAGAAAGAAACUACCUAGUUUCAAGAAACUAGGCAAUCUUUCAAACAAGAAGCUUGUUUCUGAUGAAGAAGAGGAUGAUGAUGACGAAAACGAAGAUGGGGUGUUCAGUGAUUCGGCCAAGGCCAAAUUUCUGGAUUCAUUACUUGACAGUGAAGGUGGUGAGGAGUCAGUGUCGGAGGAUGAGCUGAUUAUAGAAGGUAAAGAUAAUGUCGUAACUAUGAUCAUGUGUGGGAAGACCAAGACAAAGAAGAAGAAAGCAUGUAAGGACUGUAGUUGUGGCUUGAAAGAGGAAGUGGAAGAAGAAAUAGAACAAAUCAGAAGCGUACAGGAGAAGGUAAUCAAAUUCACUGAAGACGAACUAACCGAGAUUGAUUUCACCAUUGAAGGCAAAAAAGUUGGUGGAUGUGGGUCAUGUACAUUGGGAGACGCCUUCAGAUGCAGUGGCUGUCCCUACUUGGGUCUACCUGCAUUCAAACCAGGUGAAAGAAUCAGCCUGGCAACUAUUUCUGACGAUUUAUAA